AUGGCUCCCCUGACACCAGCAGACAGCGAGAAACAUCAGCAACUCCUGGACCGUCUCGACAUCGCGCACGUCCAUCGCCCAUUCCGCAACCCGCACUGGAAGCCCUCCCAACGGCGCAACAAGAAUGUCAAACAGCUCAUAUCCGAGAGCUCGAGAAAAGAGGCCUCGGUGAUGGCCACACAGACCAACUCUGGGGCAUCGACGCCGCUCCCCGCCACCACCUCCGCCAGCACCGAAGGAAGCCAGACCCCUGCGGAGGGUGGCUCACGAACCAACAUCGCGCAAGCUGCGCAGAACCUCUCCACGCUGGUCCUGGAAAAGAACGCUCGCGCGGCAUUCUCCGGCCCUACUGUGACCUACACCAAUAUCGAGUCCGCUCCGUCCUUGAACCCUUCCCAACAGACCCGAUACUGCGACAUCACCGGCCUGCCGGCCCCGUACACGGACCCCAAGACGAGACUGAGAUAUCACGACAAGGAGGUUUUCGGCGUGGUACGGACGUUGGGACAGGGUGUUCCGGAGAGUUAUCUGGAAUUGAGGGCUGCACACGUUGUGCUAAAAUGA